CAAUGCCUUGCGGUGCGUCCCAGUUCCAAUGCGAUGUAUUUACCAGCAGGAGUAAUGAAACGGGGGAGAGGGGCUUUUUCCGCAGCUUAUUGGUGAGACCGCAAAAGACUGUGUGCCUAGAGAGGACUGACACAAACUUUCGGACCGCGGAUUGAAGCGUCAUCUGUUUUCGGUGGGUUUCCUAAGCCUCUGUUUUUUUUCUGUUUUCGAAACGUGACUUUGUCGCAGUUCGUUGGUAGUGAUUUACUGGGCAAUGCUGAAAAAGGAGGACGAAUUUUGCGGAAUUCUCUCCUCUACCUGUGUUUUCCCUCUAAACUUCAGUCCGGACAGGAAGGACUAACUUUAAUCCAGCAAAGCGAAUUAAUCAGAGGGGCUUCCGCUGCCCUGCCAUUGCCACCUUCAGUAAUGUUGGGGCCAGCACGCAGCUCCCGGCCCCCUUGCUUCUGACCCAGCAUGGAGCUCAAGGUAUGGGUGGAUGGAGUCCAGAGGGUUGUCUGUGGGGUCACUGAGGCAACCACCUGCCAGGAAGUGGUGAUUGCUCUGGCACAGGCCAUAGGUCGCACUGGAAGAUACACUCUUGUAGAAAAAUGGCGCGACACUGAGCGUCACUUAGCCCCUCACGAAAGCCCCGUGGCUUCCCUGAACACUUGGGGCCAGUAUGCUGGUGAUGUCCAGCUGAUCCUGCACCGCACAGGCCCUUCACUGACUGAAAGACCCCCCUCAGAAGGGCCCCCUCUCAGGGGGCCAGAACGCGGUUUGCAUCGACAAAGCCUCCCUCCGCUUGCAAAGCUUCGUCAUCCCAAUGAUCGCUCCCUUCGCCGCCGUGAACCCCGCCGCAAGUCUCUUACAUUCACUGGUGCACCCAGAAGCCUUAGGGAGAUACUGAGCGGAGGCCGGAUUGGUGAAGCCGAAGCCAAACGAAGGCUUCUUCUUGGAAAUGGAGGAAGUCUUCACCAUGCUGGACCCACUAUCGGGACCACGUCCCCCAGCCUUUGGGCCUGCCGCAUGGAAGAUCUGGUCAGGCUGGUCGGUCUGCAGAGAGAGACUCUCAACGUGUUGGAAAAAAAGCUUGAGGCCUAUGAAGCUGAACUUCAAGUCUGGGCUGAAGGACGAGGGGGGCGAGGUGAAGGGUGCGCUGGGAACCCAGGUGUAGGUGGAGGGUUAAUAGAGGAGAUCCUGAGGUUGGAGAAGUACCUGAGGAAGAAUGAGGUGGAGAUGGAGGAAGAGGAGUUUUGGGCCACUGAGCUGCAAAUUGAGCUUGAAAGUGAGAGACAGCUGGAGGAAAGGCUGCAGGAGCUUCGUGGGCGUCUGCAGAGCUGUGAACUGGAGAUUGAGGAGAAACUGGCAAUGGUGCAGGGUGUAGAGGCAGGCCUGGAAGAAGAGAAACUGCAGAGAGAGCGGCAGGAGACCCAGUGGGUCAGUGAGGCUGAGGCUCGGGCUCAGGUCCUUAGGAUCAAAUCAGAAUUGAAGGCCCAAGAAAGACAGGCUGUCCAGCUGGAGAGCAGUUGCAAAGCUGUGGACAGGUCGCUUGGACAGAGUAGCAAGAAAUUGCAGGACAUGCAGCAUGACCUGGAGCAGCUGACCAAGGAGCUGAGGCAGGUUAACCUGCAGCAGUUCAUCAAGCAGACUGGCACCAAGGUCACUGUACUGCCAGCUGAACCUGCUGAGGAAGGAAGUACCCACAACAGCCCCGGUAUAGAUUUAGUGCCCCUGUCUGGCUCGUUAAAGCGCCCUGUGUCGACCCACCCGAUGCCCAAUCAUCUCCGGGCCCUUCACAGUCCUCUCAGCUCUGGUCUGAACCCAGAAGGGAUCUAUGUGUGAGACGGUUCUGCUGUGGAAGUAACACAUCUUGCCCCCGUGCCAACAGCCAGUUUCACUCCAGAACAGUUUUGUAAGUUGAUAUUUUAGUACAGAAUGCCUCCGUAGCACACUACUAUGCACUGUUUUUGUUUUUGUUUUUCUCAAUUAAGGCAACCUUUACUUUGAAGAUGUAAUCUUUGACUAAAAGGCAUGGAGCACUUGGUAGGAAUGAGAGAUGGUUAGCAGCUAUGGCAUGAAAAAAAAAAAAAGAUAACAGAACCAAUAAAUUACCAUGUAAACAUCUGGCUUUUUGUUAUAAACAUAUCCACCUGAUGUACUCUCACUUCAGUAUCUGCUGAAUGAUGUUUAUUGUUUUCUGCAUAGCAUGGUGAAUCAAAACUAUUGCCUUUGGAAUUUUGGGUAUGUGAACCUAUGAACCUUAUGUCUUCAAAAUCAGCUGAUUCUUAAAUAAGUGAAGGAUCUACUUAGAGUAAAAUUGUGAACAAUCCAUCAUUUUGCAUAUCAGAAUCUAUUCCUGCGAUCUUUGUUCAAAUUAAAACUAUGCACAAAUGCUUUCCUUACUGUAGAAUGUUGCAUUCUGUAUGCACCAAAAUGAUGGCUUAUUGUAAAUAUGUUUUCUUACUUUUCAUCUUUAUUUAGUGGAUUAGUAUAUUUUAUUACCAAGCGGUGCAUUUACCAUCAUACCAAUGCUGUUCCUCAUUCCUGCAGUAAUAUCUGCACACUGAAAUGGUGUUAUUAAUCCUUUUACACUGAUUUUGUUUUUUGUUUGUUUUUUUUCUUCAUUUUGUGUCCUCACACUAUAUUUUUGCCAAAUGUGUUAUGCUUGGUUUUUCUUGAUUAUCAUGUGGCCAAAGAUAGGCAGGUCUUGAUGCAUGAUUAUGUUGUCCAUAUAUGAAUGUGCACAGCAACCACACUCCAUUUAAUCUGUUAGUUAUAUCUGAAAAUGGAGGCAUGUAGUAAUAGGGUGGAUAGUUCCAGCUAAGCUAGUGUGUCUAUUAGAGUUUGUUUGUAACUAUGCGCAUCAAAAUAGCCAAGGUAUGAAGCCCUUAUUAAGUAGUAAAUCGUGUGUGACUGUCUGUGUGUGACUGUGUGUGUGUGUGUGUGUGUGCACGCGAACAUAAACGUGUGAACUCCUUGGGUUGUAGUCCAGCUGCUAAUUACAUCAAAGUGCCUUAUAUCAAUUCCACAGUGGGUAUAUUCAAAUAAUGUACAGUAAAUCUUUAGUGGGGCCAUUUAAGGAAUGAGCCAGUUUAGACCAAAUGUGAGUAGAUAUUAGUGAGAGAAGCUAAAACGGCACAGCAGCAAAGAGUAUAUAGUAUUUUUUUUUCUAUAGUUGUUGUUUUUUUGUUUUGUUUUUGUUUGUUUUGUUUUUUUUGUGUCCCUGUGGAAGGAAAGUACAUUAGUUUUCAUGCUUUUUUUCCCCUUGGUGUAUUAUUGUCACCAUAACAGUAGUGCUGUAAAAUGAAGUAAACAUUAGUUUAGAUUUAUUACUUGUCAUGCAGCACAUUUAUACUGUAGGUUGGAUCAGUACUGUCUCAUAGUUAUGGUUGUUGUUUACAGCUGCAUAUCUUCUAGAAAAGCGUAAGAUGUCGACUGUACAUAACCUGUUUUUUGUUGUUGUUGUUUUUUCUUCUUCUUCUCUGCCUUAAUAUACUGCAAAGUGUUGACAGAUGUAUGGCUGUAACAGGCUGCUGAUAUGACAUGGAUUGCAUGGUUCAAUAAACCAUCUGACAAAAUUAAAUGUGUCGCUGGUGCUUGAUGUAAGUGUUAAAAACAGCCCAUGGGUGUAAAUGAAAAGGAUUCUGUACUACGUUGUAUAGUGUUUCCGCUUUUCACCCGUAGGGGGAGACAUUUACUUUGUAAUUGAGGCAAACAUGGUGGGAAAUGCUCAGGAGUUGGGUAUGUUUACAUGCAAAAGAAUGCAGUGAGGAAAAAGAAUAAUGUUAGAAUAUGAAAAUGAGCUGUUUAGAAAAAGUAUGUUUUUGGUGAAACUUCAUUUCACCAAAAACAAUCUAAACUUUGAAUCUAAACUUUCAAGGGUUUUCCUUUUUUGUACCAUAAUUAAGACUUUUUUUGAAUUUUGUUGUUGUUGGAUUUGUAGUGUGGGUCUUAUUCCAUCAAUAAUGAAACGUGCAUAAUGAACUUGUUUAUACCGUUACCAAGAUUGCUUUUAUAUUUAAAAAAAAAAAAAAAGGUGAGAAACUGGAAUGCCAUGUUAAUAUUAAAAUGAUAUUGCUACAAGCCAAUUAACGGCAACAACAAAGACUGGUUUUAACCUUGUUUAAAGCUUUUGACAGGUUGGAAUGAGGGCCCCCUGUUUUUCUUCAGCCUGUACAGACAGACUAUAAUCUCACUUCAUCACCCCUUUUAUCACAUGACUUUUGUUUAAAGCCUUGGCUUACUGUACAUUCCUCUGCUGUGACCUGUCAGCUGAUGUGUAGCAUUACAUUCCACCCAUUGAACUUCUAAUAUUUUUAUUAUUCAUUAAUCCCAUUAUACUAAUGCUGUCCAAUAUUUUGUAUUGUUUCUCGUGACCUAUGUUACACGUGUAUGUACUUGUUGCUUAUUAAUAGACAAUGACCGAAGCUGGAUUUUAUUGCACGUAAGACUGAAGACAUGAAAAACUGGUGUAGAAUAAGAAGUCAUCUGCAAUGUUCAGAUUUUGAUAUUUAUUUUACAACUCAUCAGCAAUAAUUUAGAACAGCAUAUGUGUAAAGCAUUAACGAAAUGUGCAACAGUUGCUCAGUUAAGUCUUUAAAAAAAAUCCAUAGACUUCUACAACAUUGACAAAGACAUGUAUACUUCUUGAUAUAUUCACAAAAACCUAUUUACAAACACACAUGCCACUUUAUAGAACAGCUGAUAACAGAUCUGAGGCAAAAACCCAGCUGAGGAAAACUACAAAAGCAAUGUCAUGUAGGCGAAAUACAAUGAGAAAUCUGAAACAGCACUAUACUUAGUGGGAAUUAUUUAUAAAAAAGAGGCCAGGAUAAAGUUCUUAAAAUGACCAGACUUUCUUUCCCAGUUUUAGACCAUUUAAAACAAAAAAAAAAAACUAUGGUUUUACAUGAUGAUAGCACAGUAUCCCAGA